AUCAAAUAUCUUAAGGGAUUGUAGGCUCCAAUAUUUCGCAGGCCAUUCAAGUUUAAUAGCCCAAAAUUCCGCCGGACUCCUUCAGGCGACGCGGCAGUCUCCGGCGAACUCGUCCGGCGUGAAGGAACAGAGAAUGGAAUCGAAAUUGGAUGGCGUGGUAGAAGAAGAAGAAACGAAGAAAGCUGAAUUUGAUGUAUCGGAGAUAGAGUACGUAAGCUACGGCGGUGAGCAUCACUUACCUCUUAUCAUGAAUCUUGUCGAUCAAGAACUCAGCGAACCCUACUCCAUAUUCACUUAUCGUUACUUUGUAUACCUCUGGCCUCAACUUUCAUUCCUGGCAUUUCAUAAAGGAAAAUGUGUUGGGACGGUGGUUUGUAAGAUGGGGGAGCAUCGGGGGACUUUCAGAGGGUACAUUGCAAUGUUGGUUGUCAUCAAGCCCUAUAGAGGAGAAGGCAUUGCUUCAGAGCUAGUCACGAGGUCUAUAAAAGUCAUGAUGGAAUCAGGCUGUGAUGAGGUCACAUUAGAAGCUGAAGUUACUAAUAAAGGAGCGCUUGCUCUAUAUGGUCGUCUGGGGUUUAUCAGAGCAAAACGGCUCUUCCAUUAUUACUUGAAUGGAGUAGAUGCAUUUCGUCUAAAAUUGUUAUUUCCACGCAUGGAAUCACACCCAUCCUUGCCUUUGAUGGCGAACGCAGCAGAUAAUCAGAAAGAUAACGACGGUUUAUGACAAUAAUAUUAUGGUAUCUGUCUAGAUUUGAAACUAAGCAAUCCAUGUGAACACUAUUCAGCCUUUCUCCUUCUAUAAUUACUUUGUCCAUGUCUAUCAUGUGAUGUUGUGCAGUAAACCCAAGUUGUUUAAAUUUUAAAAAUAGCCUCUAGUCUCUCUGAUGUUCGUCUUAGUUGUUAGAAGUCAAUAGAGCUUUAGAAAGUUUUUGCUGUAAAUUUAGCCAUCUGAGUUCAGACUUGAUGAUGUUGUAAACUUAUAAUGAAGUCAGAAGCAGUUUUGUGUUAUUUUUA